CCAGUUUUUUUACACGAAACUAUUUUGUCUCGUAGCUGGUGCUAUUUAUACCUUGAGGUUAGUGAUUUUAGUGUAGAAUUUUUCAAGCUCUCACCCAAUUUAAUGUAUGGCGUAAAGUGAACUUGAUUUUAAAUGGAAUCAAACAAUUCAAUUCGGAAAGAACGAUCACACUUUACAUAUCAGAAAACAUUACGGAUCGUCCUUAUUUCUACACUUAUUGUUGAACUGAUAGCACUGUUGUUACUUGUCGGUCAAUGGCGACAAUUAAGGUCGGAAAUAAAUGCUCCAACGGAAUCCAACAUGUGCCUCCCGUUGCGGACAUUUAUAUCUGUUGAAGAUGAUAGUCACCAGUGUCCAGACGGACUGAAGGAAAGGGUCAACGAGGCGGAAGAAACAAGAGUAUGUUGUGGAUCUAUGAGCAUUAUCCUCAAUAAAGUUUCCGCCAAGAUUGUUAACGACAAGUAUGAUGAAGAUGCUUUUCCUGAAUAUCCAUCACUUGAUAUGACGGCAUUUAACUUUUCCGAAAAGAAGACUGUACCGCCGGAAGCAAAUCUGAUUGGUAUUUUUGGUGUUAAUCAACAAG